AUGGCGUUCAAGGGACCGGAGUGCUCAAUCUGUUAUGAAAGUUACAAUGACGAAAAAAAAUGUCCUCGGUUGCUGAGUUGUGGACACAGCUUUUGCUCUAGCUGCUUGGAAAGGUUACUCCAUGGUAACACCAUUGAUUGUCCCAAAUGUAGACAUGCAGUCACAGUUCCUAGUGGAGUCCAAGGUCUGUUAAAGAAUUUUGCGUUACUGGACAUCGUGAAGGAAGCACCCAAAGAGCAAGCUGGACAUACAGAACAUACAGGCACGCACGAUUGUGAGGCUUGUGAUGACAAACACUCCGCGACUUUCUUUUGCUUGGACUGCAAAGAAAACAUUUGCAAAACUGCAGCUCAGUUUCAUAAACGCAGCAAAACAAGUCGAGACCACCGGGUUGUUUCCCUCGACGAGCUGAAAGCAAACCCUCAGCUGGCUUCUGUAUCUGUUCUCUGUCCAGAACAUAACGAUCAAUUCCGUUUUUUCGACAACGAUUGUGGUCGUGUUAUUUGUAGGGACUGUUACGCCCUUAAUCAUAGCGGGCAUAAGUGUGUAAUUGUAGCUGAAGCUGCUUCAAAGUACCGACAGGAAAUGAAGGUGCUUGCCACCAAGGCCAGCUCUCAAGUCGAAAAGAUUAAAGCUGCUGUAGAUCAAGUGGAGAAAGAAUUCGAUUUUAUGGAGAAGGUUUGCAGAGAAAGGCGUGCUGAAAAUGAAGGCUUUUUUAGAGAAGUAAGGCAUAUAUUUCUCAUUAGGGAGAAGGAGCAAACAGUAUUCCUAACAACGUGCUAGUUUCAAUCAGCAGUCAUUUUAUCUACGGAAUAACGGUUCAUGUUCUGGCAGUUAAAUAAAGAAACAAAAUAGUAAAAAAUUUUGAAAUUUAAUGUCUUCAACGUGGAAUGCAGAAACCAGUGAUUUUGAAAUACUUAUCGCGGAUCAUGAACUAGGACCGUUGGACUAGCUAGAUAUUUAAGGGUAGGCCCACCUGAACAUGAUUCAAUUGAACUGAUUCACUGAACACACCUUGGGAUGCACCUAUCUAUCGUUUUUUAUCUGUGAUAUCUGGAUUGUUUGUUUGGAAUAAAUCUGCGGAUAUAACAGUAUGUGUUUUCUUUUUUAUACUUGUUAGCUUCAUUCCGCAUUAUCUAAACGAGAGGAUGCUCUGGUGGAAAAAUUAAUCAGCUAUCAAAUACACAAGGAAAAUACACUCACGUACCAGAUAUACCGUUUAACAGCUAGCCAACAAUGUUUAGAGGAUGCACUCCAACGAGCAACGUCCUCCAUCCAAUCUCCAAGCGAUGUUCAGUUCCUUCUGAGCAGGCCGGAUAUAGUGUCCAUGCUCGAGGCCGAAGAGAACUACUCAGUGGUGCUUGAGCCAGAGGCACAGUUUUUGAUGGAAUUCACCAAGGAAAAAAAGGACAGAAUGGUAAGAAUUAAAAUUUUGACUUAGUCUAAAUUAGCCUUGGACCAGACUAACGGUUCUCUUCGGGCACCAUUCUUUUCUUCGGGAUGAAGAAAAAAUUCCCGGGGCUUAUAGUUUUCAAAGGCCCUUUUUGAGGGGCUUACAUUCGGAGGGGCUUAUAUACGGAAGGAAAUUGCUGUCUGAAAAUCGAUUGGGCUAGCUUAUAGUUGAAGGAAAUCUAUGUCAGUAAUUUGCAGAAAAGUUUUACUGAAACUCGCCUUGAGGACGUAGACCUUUCUAAAACGCAGCCAUGCAAGUAAGUUGUCUAUGGACCGAGGAAAUCCAAGCCAAGAGUGAAGAGUGAACUACGCAAACAGCAAUUAACUGUGACACUUUCUGACUGCAAUCGUUUGGCACUGUUAAUGGUUCUUUGGCAAAUACAAAAUGUUAUAUGUUACUGUACCGUUUUUGCUUUGUUUUACUUUGUCUUUGAGGGCAAUUUCCAAGUUCAAGCCCCCGGGGGACUUAUAUUCGGAGAGACCGAGAUUUACUGGAGGGUUUUUUGCGUUACGAGUUUGGGGGACUUAUAUUUGGAGGGGCUUAUUGUCGAAAUUUUACGGUAGCAGUCAGUUAUCUACCUUGGUCUCAGACUUUUUUCUUUAAGAGAGAACGAGCUGCACAAAGCGCCGAUCUGGGACCAUAUUCGUCGAAUAGUAUUUAGUCCUGUUCUUGCUAUGUUUUUAGGCUGUAGUUAAAAUGUUUAUAUCUCGCAAAAAGUGUGAAAUUUUCCGCCAUUAUUCUCCAGCUCUACCAAAAGAGCCUGAGCUGAGCAAACACAACCUCUUCCCCAGGGCGUCACGGUUGUCUACCUUUUUCUGCAGUUAUCCUGCACCAUUGAUACCUCUUUUUGGGGAUAUCGCAAACGUCGUCUAAAUCUGGUCAACGCUAACUACAGUAGUUGUGAAGAAUUUGCCGAGGAUUUGAGCCAAUCAGAAAUGGAGAAAUAUUAUAUAUCUCUUUUUACAAUAUGGUAGAUGCAACGUGCGUUGCCUAUAUCGCAGUCACUCCACACCGCUUGUAUAGACUAUGUGGGAAACUAGGACUCAGUAUGACGUCAGUACCAGAUGUUUUCGUUGUGGGAAAAUCCCACCCCUCACGAACUUUUCUUUUGCUCGAAGAUUCUGAAUGUUUUCUGAAUUUGUCUCUGCUUGUUAUUCUGAGAAGCUGUAUUGCUAGUCUGAAGGUUUUGAAUUAUAAUCUUGAAGAUCAUCUGAAGAAAGUCUACGAUUGUGUCCGUUUUAUUUAGACUAUACCAAUGGUUAAGACGAUGCGUGGGCCAGCUUUACGUACAGUGAUUGGUCGUUGCCAAUGAUCUAUUAGAGUACACACACCAAAAUGCAUUUCUCAGUUCAAAAAUAUCUUUUUUUACGAACUCAUUUAAUAGUUGCUUUUAAGAAAAAAAUGUGGUUGUCGCAAGUCAAUUUUAUUUGACAGAUGUACAUGAAAUAAAUCAUAUAAGAACGGCUAUGAAGCCACUGAUGUUGGGAGCUGGUCAGUUAUGUGUUCAUAUGUUCCCGUGAAAGAUUUUUUGUUUCAUUUCCGCAGUUCUUAUAUGAUUUAUUUCAUAUACAUCUCUAUCAUUCAUAGCCUUUCACGAGAACAUAACAACACAUAAUUUACCAGCUCCCAACAUCAGUGGCUUCAUAGCUCAGUUGGUUAGAGUAUCGCACCGGUAUCGCGAGGUCACGGGUUCAAACCCCGUUAAAGUUCUGAAUUUUUUUUCAGGAUUCUUACGCAAUUGCAUUAAUUGCGUUCACAACUGCGAGGAUCAUUCUUUAUUUGAUUUCAGUAUUAUUAAAUAAAACAGCUAAGAAACAGAAUAUCAAGUGAAAGAUUAAUAGGCUUUUAAAAAUUGAAUUUGUAAGGAAUAUAAAAUUGGGAGGGACUUACUGCAACGAUCUCUUUCAGUCAUCUUCUCACCAUCCCAAAAUGAGUAUAGAGGAAGCUAUCAAGAGAGUUGGCGACAUCAAUGACAUAUCAACCUAUGCAGCAAACACCAUUGCAACUGGCCCGGGAAUAACAACUGCAAUCCCUGGAAGGAAGGCGACAUUCACUAUUACUUCUCGCGACAUCCAAAACUGUCAACGCAAGCUCGGCGGUGACGUGUAUGAGGUGAAACUGAAGCCAGCUGUGGGAGGAGAAGAAAUAAAGGUAGAUUUAAACGACCGAAAGGAUGGAACUUACUUGGCAGAAUAUACUGUCGACAAGUUGUGUGGUAAAUUGACAUUGUCCGUGUGCUUGCGAGGUGCACACAUUAAAGGCAGCCCUUUUGUUGUAAAUGUUAAACCUCAUCGUCAUGUGACGAACCAAAGUCCAUGGCAUGAAUUAUUGCAAAAACCUGACUAUUAGUUUUAACGCAGCGCGAGGGACCACGAUGCAACUCAUACCAGUGGUACACGAUGUGAGAAAAAGUUUUCUAUUUGUGCGAUUUGUUCAUGUGAUAAAUUUCAGUGAGAUAACAUUUGCGUUCGACGAAGGAGAACGCCUACUAUUCGUGUACCGAACACGACGUAGUAACCUUUCUGUAUGCCAUGCGAUUUCACGGUUUGGACGCCAUCUUGGACCGGCCUGGCACACUUUGCCUCGAUCUCACGUGUUCAGUUUUUCUCGCCCGGGAGCUGGUAUCUAUUUUGUGACACUCGUUCACAGAGGGUCGUUCACAGAUGAAACGUUGGCGAUUUUCUGUUUACCACAGGUUUGUUUAUAGUUUUUCUCGCAGUUUUCAAUUAAUUUUUUUUUCAUAGGAAAAUUUCCAUUCUAAGAUAAUCGGAUAUGUAGAUAUUAUGUUAACAAUGUGUUUUGCACACUGUAUUUGUUUUUAUGGAUUCAAGCAAGAUCAGCUUAGAUCGACCAUAUUUGAUUCUAUUACAAAUUACAUCUUUUCUGUUUUAAAAGCUAUUUACAGCGUUGUAUUUGCUCUUGUUUCUCACCAUUUUUGAAAAAUAUACAAGAAGUUGAACAGUGAAACGUUGACCUUUUCAUCUCACUAAUUCCGGGUGCGUUGUAUUUUGAAAACAGUGCUAUAAAGUGGGUGAGUCGUGUUAGCCUAGUGUCACACAACAAGGGUUUAAAGUGAUACGCAACGCUUAAACUUUUCAGAUGACUUUAAUCUUCUGUAUCCCAAUUUUUAGCCAAUUUUAUUGAUCAUCCCACAGUACAAAAGAAUAUGCUGAGGAUCAUAGUCAGUGUUUGACUUGUUGUUACUUACAUGUAAUUUACUUAGAGGUUUAGCCAAAUGUAAAAAGUACAGGCGCUCUUGCAUUUUUGAGAAAAUAAAUGAAAUAGUAACGAAUUGUAAAGUGGGAGGACAAACAUAACACUGAUAAAGACAGCUGCUGAUAUUCAUAUUGAUAAAAGCGGUCGGUCGCACUCCCCUAAUUUGCAAUUAUUACUAGUUUAAACUGGGUAUUCCUUAAUUAAGCUGUAACUCAUUAAGGAAACUGGAGAAUUGUAAUUUUGCAGUUGCAGAGGGGGCAUUUUUCAACUGGUACAACUCGCACAUUUCGUUCGUAUUUUCGAGCGCUUUUCGGAACACUUUUUCUUAAAGUUUUCUUAGAAUAAGAUUCUAAUGGGAAAAAAGAUCCUUGUGCCGUGUUUGGAUGUAAUAAUGAUCGCCUUUUUGCCGAGAAAUAUACAGUGAAAGACCAUAUUUCUAAUACUAAACUAGAAAAAGGCGAUCAUUAUUACAUCCAAACACGGCACAAGGAUCUUUUUUGCCCUUAGAAUCUUAUUCUAAGAAAACUUUAACAAAAAAUGUCCCGAAAAGCGCUCGAAAAUACAAACAAAAUGUGCUCAUGCCCCCUGGGCAUCCUAUAAUACUCCUUAAAUCGAAUUAAUUCAAUAUGGCCCCCGUAUCGGUAAAAAGGACUAUUCAGCAUUGGCAACUGUUUCAGGAGGUUUAAAAUUUUUGUCAACAUAGUGCAUAUUGUUAUCGUAAGUGAAAAGAUAGAGCGCGAAUUUUCUAGGGCACUGAUGAAUGUCAUUAACAUGCAAGAAAAAGAGAAGAAGACCUAAAAGGGAAGCUUGAGGAACUCAUAAGCUGAUUAUGGCUUUGCUCAUAUGUGCUCAGUCGCCAAUUUGAGUUGUUUGAGGGUAGCUGUUAAGAUAUAUAUGAGGAAGCCAAUUAAUUGAUGAAUCCUAGAAAAGCCGUAAGAGUUAUAGCCUCCCACGCAGACGUUCUAUAAGAGUUACGUUUGUCUAGCAAUAUGGUGUGGUCAACGAUGUCAAAAGUUUUUUUUCGAGGUCAAUAAUGACACCGAAAGAAAGUAGUUCUUGAUUUAUAUUGGCCUCCUAGUGAAUUGCAUCAACAAUGUCUAAUAUGGCAUGUGAGGUUGAUUUCCUGUGCGAUUGCCGCACUUGGAAAAGUAUAGUAAAGUAGAUUGUAUUCCUUUAUGCAAUUCAUCAUUCUCCCACACAUAAGCCUUUCAAAUAUACUGUUGAAGUUUGACAAUCAAAAUAUUUUGGAUCUAGGUCCGUCUUAUCGUCGCAUUUAAAUACAGGUACAAUUGUAGACGUUUUCAAUUUUGAAGGGUAUCUUCCUAGGUUAAUAAUAUACUGAACAUUGUGUUUUUUGGCAGCACUGAAACUCAUUUACGGCAUUAAUUUAAAUAAAAAAGCGUGAACUCGGCAAAUGUUUCAAGAUUGUUUAUGGCGUUUUGUCUGUUGUGACCAGUUACAGCAAGUGACGUCAGGGGUCGCGAACGAACCAGAAAGCCACAAACUAUUCUUACUACAUAUUUUUAGUCUUAACAGGAAACGCAGGAAAGGAGUCCGUCGUGUUGGGCCUGCGUGCUACUGGCAUGAUGCAUUGCAGCCUCACUUCAAACUCGUCUCUUGAUCAUGAUCAGUUCAACGAAAUUCGGUGGAAGUUACUCCGACGUUUUGCCCCUCCCAGCAGUGUUAUCAAAUGUAGCUGGUAAAAUAUCCCAGCUUUAGUUAGAGCAUUUGAUUUCUGUGCAUCAAUUAAAAGAGUUUUUACAAAAGCUUGAAUUCCAAAAUCCAAGUUCUUGUCGAAAUCAGAAACUUGCUUUUUUCAUAUUACUGCACAGGUAAUUUUCUUCUUUGGUUUUGUGGUCAGCAAUUUUCAACUGUGUAGGGUUUGUCUUUCCGAAUAUGUUCUAUUUGAAAGCUAUAAUAGCGACUGCCUUAUCCAAAGUAUUGUCAUUUUACAACAUAAGGGACUUUUUAUUUUUGAAACAACACUAGUUGUUUUUUAAAUUGGAACGUUUUUGGAAAUUUUGUUUUAAUGAACUGACAAUUUCAUCUACCGGGGCGUAGAUGCAAUGUUCCCAUUAUUAGCCUUUACGAGAAGGCUCCGCCCGAAAGGGGUAUCUUUUUCAUGCCUCAGAUUGAAAAAAGAGUAGGAAUUUUGUAGUUAAAGUAUAUGAACGAGUAAGGCAAUCUGUCACUUCGGUCUGUAAAAAGGCUAAAAAAGGACAAACAGAUGCAUUUUAAUACCCGUGAAGAAGUCGCCAGAACGUUUUGGUUUUGUGAUUUUUUCAUAAAUUAAUAAAGAAGGUGCAUUUACAGCAGUUUAAAGGGAUGCAAAAUUCUAAGUUAGGUCAGCUAUCCUCUCUUGGCUACGUAUGUGAAGCGGGUACCAUUUGUCGGCAAUAGGAGGUAAACGGGAGGGGUACCUUUUCUGUCAAAAGUGGUAAAAAGGGGCUUAGACCUUUGGGCGGAGCCUCCCCGUAUAGAACUUUGUUGAUCCUCCGAGCUCAUGUUUCUAUGGCCUGCAUGGGUACCUUCCUCUCGUGGUUUAAUCAGCCCAGGUGUUAAUCGUAGUACCGGCCUCUGGACGCAUUGCGCACGACGUAUUUGUGUUAGUCGACCCGGUUCUUUUCUCUUACUGUAUAUAUUUAUGUCAUUAGAAUAAGAUUGUAUAAUGUAAUAGACAAGUCUCCAUACUACGUACUACCUGCCUCAAUAGCUCCGCUAUUUUGCAGGUAGUCUGUAAUUGUAAUUUAUUUAUUUAUUGUGAAUGUAAACAAAUAAAGCUUCUUCUGUAUGUAAAAAAAAGUUUUCUGCGCGGACACCGAUAGCUCAUUACUGGUUAGAGACCAGGUUAUGGGGAGUGAAAACCCAAGGGAUUGGUUAGGUGAAUUCUGUAUUAAUUUGUCUUCCGGCCGGUGAUCAGCCUUUAAUCCCAACCUCCCCUCCCCUGCAAAAGCAACAAUUUAGCACAUCAUCACGUGACCAAAAUAGUUCACGGCGGCAACAAGGCGGAAGCGAUGGCGGUUAAUGAGGUUGUUGCACUCGCUUUAUUGAGCUUUUUGCCUCACUUAUCAAGGUACGUAUAACUUCGUUACUUAAAGAAAUGCAAGAUGGAGCUUAUUUUUAGGCAGUGGAAUAGACUAAUUCAUGCUUAUUCUCCGAUCGCUUAGCUGGAUCAUUGUCUCCAUCCAUGCGUACCCACCCCGUCGCGCGCAUUUAGCUAAAUUAAGCUUACAUUUGUUUGGAAAAUUUUGAUGUUCAAGUGCAAUCUGUGGAUGAACUCUUAUUACUUUAUCAUUUAAAUUCAAGCUUUACAAAGAAAAUGUUUCUUUAUUUCAGUUUGAGGCGUUAUUUUACGCAAAUAAACAAAUGGGAUACAGUUUAGGUCUUGCAUAUGCAUAGCAUUGUAAGCUUAUUAUAAUAUAACUGGUCUGGUUGGAUCGAUUUUAUGAACGAAAGUCAAAGUGCUUCUACCUCUGGCUUUUCAUUAUGCUCAAUCUUUUCCUUUGAAAUUGGUCAGCAGUGCCUCUGCAUGUCACAUGAAACAGAGGCUUUGAUUUACCCCCCCCCCUUUUAAGCAUGGGGCCCUAAUUUCCCCCCCCCCCGAACCCCCUCCCCCAGAAGACUAUGGUUAUCAAAUUCCACCACCUGACUGGCGAAGGUUUCAAACUCAAUUGCAUAAAACAGCCAUGUGGGUGCUCAUCACUCAUCAUAAAAUAGGAUAGAACACUUAUAAAUCAGGCCCUGGUUGUUCAAAUGUUGGAUAACGCUAUCCAUCAGAUAAAUCUCUAUUCAGCUGAUAGCGUAAUUGAUUGCCGUUAUACUACAACAUGAGAAAUUUCUGCAAUCUGAUUGGCUUAGAGCAGUGGUAUUUCAGCUUAAUUUGAAAUACCUACAUGUGAAAAUUACAAACCUUUUGUGGGAAGUAGUAUAAACAAAUAAUAGCAUGAUUUGUACGUGAUAUUAGGCAUAAAUACCACUUGUGAUAUUUCAAAAUUGUCUCAAAUUUCACUCGCCUAACGGCUCGUGAAAUUACGUAUAACAAUUUUGAAAUAUCACUCGUGGUAUUUAUGCCAAAUAUCACUACAAAUCAUGCUAUUCCCUAUACUAAUACUUAUGUGCUGGAUAGUGAUUUAUCCGGAGGGUAGCGCUAUCCAACAUUUGAACAACCUGGGCCAGCUAUGGGUACUCUUAAGGUAAGGUACGCUUUUAACUAUGUCCUCGAAUAAAUGGUUUUCUUCUUCAUCGAUAUAAAAUGACUGCGAAAGAAAGAAAAAACCUGGACACUUAGUGGGAUAUUACAUGACAUGCUAUACCGCUUGCCAUGACACUUGCUUUUCAAAAUGGCUGCCGAACAAUGAAUCAUGAACAACCACGCAUGUUUGUAAGGUGUGUUUAGUGGUAAAUCACCCUGAAAUAGCAUUGGAAAAAUGUUUAAUUCAAGGUAAAAUCAUUGUUUGCUUUCCUUGAAUUGAGCGCUUUUUUAUGAAUUAUGUGACUUUCCUUGAUAUCUUCAAGUUAUUGCUCUAGCUUCUACUAAGUAACAAGGGCAAGCCUAUGGAUGGAAAAUAAAUGUGGUAAGAGGUCUGUAGUUUGAAAGAAUAAUAAAAUUUGAAAAGGCAAAGCAAUUUCUUGAAAACUUAGUGAUUGAAGCGAUUGAAACAUCAAUGAAAUUGAAAGUUACCCCUGAGGAUGUAUGUUUAGGUUCAGAGCCCCCCUUCCAUCUGGAUUUCCAGAGCCGUUAAGCCCCCCUUCGGUGAGAUUUUCCAGCAUGCCUUCCGUCAUGGGGGUGUGGAUUUUUUGUGGAAUAACCCAAUAGAACAUACUUCCUGCCUUUUGGGGUACAAUGUAACUGUCUUAGAGGCUCACUUUAAGAUACCUUUAACUUUGUCAUAGUUACUUAGCUUGUAAAAUGACUGACUCACUUUUACAUCUGAUGUAAAUUAUGAGUAGGUUUAUAAAUGCAGCUUUAGAUCAAGUGAGCAGCUGUACCCGUUUUCUAAGAUUUCUUAUAUUGUCUUCAUGUGCUUCAGUCCAUGGUUGUUCUCCAUAUAUCUUGUUAAUGUCCUUUUCUCUAUCUCAUCUUUGCAUAACGUUGUCUGACUAAUAUGUAGAAAGGCUUCUCCAAAUAAUAGGCUGAUCUAGCAACAGAACGGGAACGUCAGUUGACAACGGCGCGUGCAAAUCAAACAACUGGAUUGACCAAUGGCAGAGCGGCAAAUUGAGCGCCGGAAGUCGUGUUUAGUCCUCUCCGCGCGCUUUCUUGUCAUCAACUGAUGUCCCCUGUCCUGUUGCUAAAUCAGCCUAAAACUGGGGGGAGGGGUACCAGCAGCUGAACAGUGAUGCUGAUAAAAGCAGUGAAAGUGAAGACAGUUGACUGAAACAUGCUGAAUUUGCGAGGUCCUUUUUUUCUUGUUUCUUUUUUUUUUCGUUUGUGCAUAUUAUUGAUUAUUUAAAUUCACUGUAGGCAAUGACGUCGAAGAUACCAGAGUGUUCAAUCUGCUUUGAACAUUACAAUGACCAAAGCAAGUGUCCUCGGCUUUUGAGUUGUGGACACAGCUUCUGCUCAAGCUGUCUGGAGAGACUUCUCCAUGGUAACACCAUUGAUUGUCCCACAUGCAGAAAUCCGGGUGCUGUUCCUACUGGAGUGGAAGGACUGUUAAAGAAUUUUGCAUUAUUGGACAUUGUGAAUGACACACCCAAAGAAAAUGUUGGGAGUAAUACAGGCUCACAUGAUUGUGAAGCUUGUGGUGAGAAGCACCCUGCAAAUUUCUGCUGCCUUGACUGCAAAGAAAACAUGUGCAAAACUGCAGCUCAGUUUCAUACUCGCAACAAGGCAAGUCGCGAUCACCAAGUUGUCUCCCUCGAGGAACUGGAAGCAAACCCUCAGCUUGCGUCUGUUUCCCUCAUAUGCCGAAAACACAACGAUAAAUUCCGGUUUUUUGAUGAGAAAUGUGGUCAUGCAGUUUGUAGAGAAUGCAUCGCUCUUGAACACUUUGGUCACUUGUGUUUACCACUUGCUGAAGCUGCCUCAGAGUAUGGAAAGGAAGUGAAAGAUUUAAUAAAAAAGACUAAUGAGGAAACUGGAUCAGCGGUUGAAUAUGAACUGGAAAAGGCUCGACUUGAAAAGGAGGUGGGAUACCUACAAGGCAUCCUUAAAAAGGUAAAGUUAAAAUAA